AGUAGUCAACACAUCACAUUUCAUGUCAUCACCAAACCAGCACCAGGACUUGAGGUUUUGCAAGGAGUCUGGAUUGGCCUUACUUUGCUUCCUGCUUUUAAAUACUGGAGUUCAUGGUUUUAAGAUAUCACCACGCUUCCUUAAUAACUUACUUAAUAGAGGUUCUCUCACUCAUCAAGACAUCACAGAGAGAGCAAUCCUUAACAUCACUGCACAGGUUUGCCGUAGCCUGGCUCUGUCUGAGGGCAAAGACUUCACUUUUCCUUCCCUUACUGCUACAGCUGUUGCCACUGCAUGUGAAGCAUCAAAAUCCUCCAAAAAUUUCAUGCGGACCAUCAACAAGAUCAAGAGUAAUAACUGGCAAAUAGAUAUUUUCAAGGCCUUGAGUGCACCUCAUCACUGUGACAAUGAGAAGAUAACAGAAGGACAGAAGCUCAUCACAGAUGGAUUAUCAGUGGUAAAGGGUGCCAACAAGCAGAAAAACUUUGCUUCAGCAAUCUCGCGUCUAGGAAACAUUUUCCACACCUUAAAGGAUUUCUACAGUCACAGUAACUGGGUGGAAAUAGGCAACAGAUUCCCAAACACCAAUUUGAUCAGAGGGAAGAUCAGCAUUGAAGAUAUAGCAGCUAAAACUAGAGCAACCUGCCGCAACUGUAAUGGAGAUGACUGCAAGGACAACAUUCUGGAGGACAUCCUUGACAACAACAUACUUACUUCAGGAUAUUUCAGUGUGAAUCCCUUUGCCAAGCCUCCAGGAAAAUGCAGCCAUGGAAAUGUCCCUGAUAGUACAGCUCUACUGGAACCCAAAGGAGGAAUCAACAAAGAUACAAAGGACUCUAGCCAUGGACAUCUCCACGAGCAGGCAGCCAAUAUGGCAAUAGCAGCAACCAGUGAGCUGCUGGAGGAUGUUCGAGGUGCAGCUGGAGACAGACAGUUCCUUGAGAUGAUGGGACUCUUCAAAGGGAAACCUCUUUGUUUUUGUGUUGACACCACAGGAAGUAUGAGUGAUGACAUAGAAGCAGUGAGGACUGUCACAUCAGCUAUAAUUGACAGCAAAUUGGGAACAGAGGAUGAGCCCUCAGUUUACAUUCUUGUUCCCUUCAAUGAUCCAGAUUUUGGGCCUCUGAUUCGGACAACAGACCCAAACAUUUUUAAGGGUUACCUCAACUCACUAUCAGCAAAUGGAGGUGGAGAUUUUCCAGAAAUGAGUCUUUCUGCUCUUCAGCUGGCUCUAACUGGUUCACCUCCAAAUUCUGAGAUCUACGUUUUUACGGAUGCUACAGCUAAAGAUGAACAUCUGAGGAACCCAGUGAUUGCCCUAAUAGAGCAGACAAAGUCUGUUGUAACCUUCAUGAUCACUGGUGGUUUGGGCUUUCGACGGCGAAGACAAGCAGACAGCAACCAACAGCAAAGUCUCCGGAUGGCGAGAUCAGAUGCUCAGCUGUACAGAGACCUGGCUCAGACUUCGGGAGGCCAGGCUAUCGAAGUCUCUAAAGGUCAGCUGCUCGAGGCCAUCAAUAUCUUAACUGAAUCCACCAGCUCUUCUCAGAUUGUCCUUCUGCAAGCAGCCAGGACCCCUGCAAAAGCUGAAAAUUUCACUUUUGCAGUCGAUGAGUCAGUACAAAACCUGACAGUGUACAUCACUGGGACUUCUGUUGAUUUUACACUACUCAGUCCUUCAGACAGCUGGGCACGAGGCUGGAUCAGUAAGGGCAGCAAGUUUAUUAUCGCCUCAGACACCAGCAAGGUGGAGGUGGGCUACUGGUAUGGGCUGAUCAACUCCCAGACCUACUGCCAGGUUCUGGAAGACACCGCCAUCAAACAGUGGUACAAGAAGAAGUCGUCAUCGUUCAAGAAAAACAUGAUAUUCAUGCAGGACAAAGCUCCGUCACACGCAUCAAAAUACACCACAAUGUGA